ACCCUUGUAGAUGUUGAUGUUGGUAAACCAAACAGAAAAUAAGCACAAAUUUCGUUCAAGUAUCAUUGAGAAAUGGAACAACCUAAUAACCAACAAACGGCUAUGAGAUUGCUGGAAGAAGGUGCUUUCCUAAUAUUCCUAGAUGUACCGGAAGGCACCGAAUUUGGUAUUGACAUGAAAUCAUGGAAUACUGGAGAUAAAUUUCGUGGAGUAAAAAUGGUGCCACCAGGAAUACACUUUAUAUUUUUUAGUGCUGUUUCUAAUGCAGGGGACAUAUCUCCUAGGACUGGAUUCUUCAAAUAUUUCAGAAAAUCUGAAGUUGUUGUUAGAAAAUGGGACAUAAAAAAUGAAUGCAUUAGCAAGGAGGUUGUUUCUGAAGAAGAUAUCAUUGGCUUGAAGGAUAAUUUAAGAGAGCUUGAUAGUUUUUUGGGUCCAUAUCCCUUUGACAUACAUAGCAAAUGGCUGUGCUUGACUACUUAUAUCACAGAGAGUAUGAUAGAACAACUGAUUCCACUAUCUGGUUAUAUCCAGUCAGCAUUAGAAUUGGAAUCCUGUACUGAUGCAGAUAGGCCUAGAGGAAAGCCUACAUCUAAUUCAGAAAUAUCUGUGAAUUCUGAUCCAAGACGUUUGAGGUUAACAGAUGAACUGGAGGAUAAACUUUUGCCCAAAUUGAAACCCAAAAUAGGAACAGAUUUAAGAUACACACCUUUUCCCCAUAAAAAUUAUCCUGAAGGAGCCACACCUUCUCAAAUAACCCAACAUUCCUUAGAUUCUUCCUAUGUGCUAAAUCUGAUGAUUAGCUCAUACUCCAACAAUUCAGACAUAUUAGGUGAGAUGCAAAUUUGUUAUAUUUGCUUUUUGGUUGGCCAUAGUUUGGAAGCUUUUGAACAAUGGAAAAAAUUAUUCAGUCUGUUCUGUUCAUGUGAAACUGCUAUCACAAAAUACCGUAAACUGUAUGAUGCAUUCAUUUCUCUGAUAGAAAUGCAAAUCAAAGAGAUUCCAGAAGAUUUUUUAGCAGAUAUAGUAUCAAAUUACAAUUUUGUUUAUAUGAAAUUAGGGCAGUUAUUUAGAGCCAUCCAAGAGUCUGAUGUGGAUGGUGAAUUGAAAAUGAAGACAGCUAGACUCAAAAAGAGUUUAAUGGAACAGUUUAUGUGGGACUUUGAAUAUUUGGAUGCAGAAGAUGAAGCACCUGUCAUUGUUGAAAUAUAAACUAGGGCAUAAAAAUUAUCUGACCAGUAAUGUUGUUGGGGAUGAAUUUAUGAAUGUUCCCUGUGCACAUAAAGAAUGAUGAUCAGGACAAAUCAAGAAAACAAUCAGGAUUGACCACUAUAAUUCAUCCCAGAAUUCAUCUUAUAGUGAGAUUUUCUUUGACACAGGUUGUUUGAAAAAUAUAUGGGAGGUAUUUUAUGUUUCAACAAUGAUGAGUAACAAUAAAGGUUAUACUCACUUCUUAGUUCAUUAUUGAAACUCAAAAUAAGUUUGUUGUGCAUUUCAGCAUUGAUUUCAGAUAGAAAGAGUAGGUUAUUAGUAGGUAGGUACCUACCUACCUAUCAUAUAAUAUCCACAGUCUCAUUUUUAUAUAAUAAAAUAGUACUAGCUUUAGUAUCUUAAUCUUAAUAAUCAACAUAUUCCUGUAAUCCACAUAUUUAUUAAAUAAUAAUUUGGUGG